AAGAACAUGAAUCAAUUCAUAGACGGUUAAUGAUAGAAUUUUUAGGUCGGUCGCAGCGUGUCAUCCAGAAAUAACCGCGUCCGGGCGGUCACCGCGCGACAUUUACAUCGCGACUGUGCACUUUCUAUUUGCGAACCGCACCGGCCGCCCAGGGAUCCACUACAAUAAUAAAUUACGUCAUAUCGUCAGGUGAAAGAGUGACGUGGUAGAGCCAGCAGCAUGGUGGCGGGUGACGUGACGAGGCGCGCGUCGCUCACGGCGCCGUCUAUGCAUCGUCGGCCCUCGGUGCGCCGCGGCUCGAUCAUCAAAGGCUCUCAGUCUCAUUCCCAGGAGGUGCCAUGGGACAUAAUCGACCGGUGCGCGCUUCCAAUCGUGCUAUGCCACGCGUUAGCCGUGGUGCUCUCAACCGUGCUCAAUGCUCUACAUCUGAGCAGCAUCUCUGUGUUCACGUUAUUCCUCUGGUUCGCCAUCUCCGUCACCGGCUCACUUUGGUUCUACCACAACCUGCAGGUGACAGCAGCCGGUAAAGCGGUGUUGGUGACAGGCUGCGACAACGUCCUAGGCAACGCCGUGGCAAGAAGACUGGAUGACCUGGGCUACCACGUGUUCGCCGGCUUCCAGAGCAAGGCUGGGAACAUCGACGCGGACAUGCUGAAGGAAGACUGCUCCGGGCGGCUGCAUACUCUGCAGUUGGACAUCACUUCUGAGACCCAGAUCCUCUCCGCGUCGUUGUACAUCGUGGACCACCUACCAGAGGGCGCGCAGGGGCUGUGGGCGAUCGUGAACUGCGAGUCAUGGUGCGCGCUUGGCGAGCUCGAGUGGGUGCCGUUCUCGGUCAUUCGGCGCGCGAUGGAGGUGAAUCUGUUGGGUCCGGCCCGGCUGGUGCAGGUGAUGCUGCCGCUGGUGCGGCGCGCGCGCGGGCGCGUGGUGCUGGCGUCGUCGAUCCUGACGCACGUGGCGGCGCCGGUGCGCGGCGUGCACGCCGCCUCGCUCGCCGCGCUCGACGCGCUGGCCGCCUGCCUCCGCCGUGAACUCAAGCCGCGUGGAGUAGACGUGGUGGUUGUGGCCGCCGGGGAAUAUACGACGGGCAGCGCCUGGCUGUCAGAGGAGAAACUGCUGGAGCAAGCCCGGGAUAUGUGGAAGCGGCUCAGCGACGAGCAGAAGGGCGCCUACGGCGAGGACUACUUCGAGAACGCUCUCCGCAGCCUGGAGAAAUACACCAAAGGCGCUGAUGCUGACUUGACCGCGGUGACCCGCGCCCUGAGCGACGGCGUGACGCGCACCUUCCCGCUGACCCGCUACACGCCCGUGGCCCCGCGCGAGAAGCUCAAGUCCAUCCUGGCCGAGCACCUCCCACGCUCCCUCUACGAAGGGCUCUACACCGACUAAGCCAGGAUAACUGCUUUCGAACUGCUUCGCAUUACUCUUUCCGGUAUUCUUCUUACCAUCCUAUUAAAUAUUAAUUACCUACAUCUGAAUACAAGAUAUACCUAGUAAUGUUGUCAUCGCAAGUUUUAUUCCCGUAACGCUGUCGUCACCUUAAAGAAUGUGUAAAAUGUGACCAUCUACAACGAUAUAAAUAAGUAACGGCUAAGUAUAAGCAUUUUACACUACUAUAUUACAACAUAGCAUACUUCACUAUUGUACCAAAUGACAGCUCCAUCAAUAACGUUGGUUGACCUAUCGCCACAUUUUAUUCAAGAGAAAGAGACAUGCUCAAACCGUCUCUAUUGUAUUCUGAUGUCUGUGUAGUGUACCACAUUAUUUUCGAACGAGCGAAAUUAUAAAAUGUCCCUGAAAUUUCCUUUGUGAACCAAAUUUCUAUCUCAAAAUUACAACACCGCGCCGUUGUGUCUACACAAGAUGCAAAUAACCGAAUUAGGAAAUUAAUAUGAAAUUUAUCAGCCCUGAUAAUUAAGUUAGGUGAAGUUGCUCGUCCAAAAUGAGGCCAUACAACGCUCGGCUCGAGCUUGCAUAAGCUAGAAAGUUGGAUCAACUUCGUUGGUCAUUUAACCAGCAUCUACUAUCCACUUAAACACGUUCGCGGAACUCCAACGCGAACUGAAACGAGUUUUCUAUUCAACUUGAAAUUUUCGUUUCAAUACAGUAAGUAACUUUCACUUUUUCUUACUUGUAAAAGUUAAAAUGUAAACUAGUGUAUUUCCGGCUAAGUUGAAAUAUUUUCGAUCGAAUCGUUUAGCUAAAUACUUAUAUUAUUAUACUUAUACUUAAAUACUUAUACUUGUAUAACACAGGCCCAUAGUCUAAUCUUUUUCAGAAAAUCAUAAUUGGGGCAUUUGCAAUUUUUUUGUACCUUUGUCUAAUUUUUUCUUAACAUUCUCAGUUUCGUAACGAAAAUUAACCAUACAAAAAUGCAAGUUUGUAUAGCUAACAUUCGUAAAAAACUGAGAAAAUCAAGAAAACUUAAGCUCAUCUUUUCUUAAUUUUCAAAAAAUACCCUCGUCAAAUACAUCAGAUAACAAAUGUCCGUCUGACUGUGGCUGACAGCUUCUAAUUACGCAGGUCUGUAAUAUUUUUGUGAUCAGAAUAAGUACUUAGUCGUACAUUCACAUCGCCUAACGUUAUUUUUUCUUGGCUAAACGUUAAUUUCUAUUAAUAAUACCUUAGAUCCUAAAAUCGAUACAUAUCUGUAUGUCAAAUUAUUUAGAAAUAUUACAUAUAUACAAAAACAAUGCUUGAAAGUUAAUUUUAGUGCCUACUUAUCUGAAAAUAUACAUCAGAUUUUACUAUUAGUUAUUCUUGGAAACUAUAUUAUUACACUGUAGACUGUAGAGUCUACAAACACACAAGUAGUUACUUCCCACAGCCUAACAUUGUUAUUUUCCGUAAGUAAUGGAUACUUCCAGCUAUGAAUAUCUAUUACAGUGGCGAAGUAAUUUCUGUUUAAUAAGUUGGUCGGUAUUUCACUGCGAAAGCUCGACGCUAAAUGAUUGCUUCCUUUACCAACUUGCAACUGAAGCCUAACUCACGCCUUGUGACUACGGUAGAGCAUAUUUUUUUCUUAUUUCUGUAUAGUACUCGUUUGUUGUGUUUUUUAUACCAGGUUUCUGAAUUCCGAUGAUUAAUUGCGGACUGCAAGCUACGGCCGACGUUCGAUUUUGCUUUUGUAAUUAGCUCUCAAUCAACCGUGUCAGCGGCAUAUGUUCCGUUGAAUUUUGCACUUAUAAAGCGUUGAAUUUUAAUUUUGCUUCACCUUUUCUCAUGAAAUAUAUUCAACGCAACAACGAAAGCUAAUAACACUAUCAAACCUAAUAUGACGGCGUCAUAAAAUAACUUUCUAGCACGUUUUUGACCACUUAGUCGCGUCGCAGAUGCACAGAAGGCUAGUUUUCAAACUUAUUUGUGCUAAAACCUAAUGUAUAAGGGUAAGUUACACCUUUUACCAUAUUUUACUAUUAUAGAGACCGGUAACACCAGUCUUGAAAGAA